UCUUGGACUCCGCAUCAAGGCUAUGGAGGACACCAAACAUUCUCAGAGACAGUUAUCAACAACCUCAAGAUCAUGGGUCUCAUCUUCCUUCAUUAUACUGGUAGUGCUUGGAAUAAUUGGGGUAACUGCUGCAGUAGUGGUGCAGAUGUUUAGGCUACAAAAUCAUCAACAUCAUGUUCAUGAUUCAGUUGAUAUAGUGCAUCAUCCAGGUGACGAGCUCCGGAUUGUUCUGGUUGGAAAAACAGGUGUGGGGAAAAGUGCAACAGGCAACACUAUUUUGAGGAAAAAGGUUUUUAAAUCAGAGAUAUCCUCCUCCUCUGUGACUGGACAAUGUGAAAAAUUUAAUGCGAUAAUAAAUGGCAGAAUAAUAUCUGUCAUUGACUCUCCAGGUCUGUUUGACACCAGCCUAACUGCAGAUGAUGUGAUUGCCAGAAUUAAACGCUGUAUUCCUCUCUCUGCUCCUGGUCCACAUGUCUUCUUAGUUGUGAUUCAGGUGGGCAGAUUCACAGAUGAAGAGGCAGCAGCUGUUAGAACCAUCCAAGCAAUUUUUGGUGAGGAAUCCUCCAAUUACACCAUGGCACUAUUCACUCAUGGAGAUCGAUUAGAGGACAAAAACAUUCACACAUUUGUGCGGAAUAGCCCCAAACUGCUCAGUUUCAUUAAAACAUGCAGCGGACGAUACCAUGUGUUCAACAAUCAAGAACGAAAUCCUGAACAAGUCAAUCAGUUGUUCGACCAGAUUGAUAAAAUGGUCACUGGGAACGGUGGUCAACAUUACACCAGUGAGAUGCUUGAAAGGGCUGAGAGAGCAAUUGAGGAAGAAAAACAACGUAUCCUGAAGGAGAAUGAGGAGAAGAGACUAAAGGAGAUAGAAGCUCUGAGGGCUACACUUGAAGGUGAGGCCCUUGAAAAAGCUGAAGAAAAGCUAAAGAAUGAUCACGAGCAGCAAGCAAGAUGGCAAGCUGAGAGAAGCACUUCAAUUUGGGGCAAAUUCAUUACAUUUCUUGGCAACUGUGUGAAGAAAUUUUUCGGCUUAUAA